GAAUUUUUCUUAAAACAUAUAGUUUCUAUGGUUACUCGAAACUAAACAAACAAUUCACUCAAAUUUUCAAUAGUAACUCAAUGAUGUAGUUUUAACCAUUUGCUCAGCAUUUAUUCAGUAAAUCAAAAUAAUGUCAGGAAGAAAAUCUUUUCUUGAUGAGUUACUUGCUGAAGAACCUUCACCCCGUCUAGAUUCAGCUAAAAAAGGUAAAUCUGUGCGUUUCAUCGACAAUGAUGAUAGGUCGCAAUCAAUCAGUGUGCCUACCAGGAAUAAUGAAGGUUUAUCACGACCCAUUGUAAAUCAAAGUGAAUCCCAGAAGCAGGAUUUUUCCGUUAAUUCAUCUGCUGGAACAAGUGGAUCAAAAUCUCGUCGCUCAGAUUGGCUAGGACUAUUGGAAGAUAAUGAUGAAGAUUUGGUAUCAAGAGUGUCUUCAGCAACCAGUAGACAGCUCAAUCAGCUACCGUCAACCUCGAAACCAUCAACAUCAGUACCAUCUUCAGAUAUCAAAGGACAAUCAGAGGAUACUUCAUGGUUGGAUACUGGAUUAGCUGAAAGGAGAUUUAAAGAUCGACCAAACACAGAGCCUCAACAGUUAACUAAGCAAGUAGAUAAUAGUUGGCUCGAUAUUAAAAAGCAAGUCACAGAAAGCAAGAAAGCACCAGAAAGCUCACCAGUUGGAUUAGAAAUAAACGAAUCUGAAUUUUCUGAUGGAAAAGAUGAAGCUGUUAUCAUGCAACCGGGUUCAUUAUUGAAAAUAGAUCCAUCUCAACUAACAAUUGCAUAUGCAACUAGUCAGAAAGAUAUUCUGAUACUUCAGGCAAAGGUUGCUAUUUUGAAUAUGGAGAAGGAGCAUCUUACUGAAACAAUCAAUCAAUUGAAGGAUAAUCACCGAUCAGAAAUCAGUGUAUUGAAGACAUUAAACGAGCAACAACUUACAAUGACAAUAGAUGUUUAUAAAAGACAAGAGGAAAUGUUAAAAGAGGAAAGAGAUAGGCGUAUGGAUGAAUUAAAAAAUCAACUGGAAACAAGUGAACGCGAUAGAGAGGAAUUAAGGAGUCGUUAUAAUGAAAAGGUUGAAAUCAUUGAAAAGGAGUGUAAGGAAGAAGUUGAAAGAUUGAAAGAGAUGCAUAAAUCGCUGAUUAAAAGGUUGACCGAGCAACAUGAAAUUGACUUGGAUCGCUUAAGACGGAUUAAGGGGCAAGAGAUUGAAUCUGUUCAUACACUACAUGAACAAAGUAAUUCGCUUGAGUCAUUAGUGAAUAAGUGGAUAGCUAAUGCUGAUCGAAUGGAAUCUUUGUAUAAAUCAUUGGUCACCAAAGAGGACGAAUUAAUUAAAGGUAAAAUCGAUUCAUUGGAAGCUAAAGAUCGACAAUUUAAUGUAAUUGAAGAAAAUUGGACAACAUUGAGGCGUUCUGUAGAACGAGAAAGAGAAGCAAACGAAGAAGCAAAAGAUAAAUUGAUGAAGCUGAUUGAAGAGCAAAGAAAGUUGAUUGUCAAUGAACAGCAUCAAUUAAACAAUGAGAGACGAACUUUUGACGAAGAAAAACAGCGUUUCGAGAAGGACAAACGCCAGUGGGAAGAAGAGGUGGCUCAAAUUAGAGAUAAAUUAACUCGUGAAAGUAAUGAAAUAUCGCGAGAAAAUGAAAGAUUGGCUGAGAAAUCUAUUGAUUUGGAAAAAAGGGAGUCUUCUUUGGUAAUAAGUCAAUUGGAAUGGAAAAACGAAAUGACCAGAGAGAAGGACAAUUUGGCAAGAUUAACUGGAGAAGCAAAUGAAGAGAGGAAAAAAUUAGCCAAGGAAAGAUCUAAAGCUCAGGAAAUGUAUCUUAACUUACAGUCGGAACAACAAAAACUAGAAAAUAAAAAAAUAUUGUUUGAUGGUGAAAAAGAGAAACUGAAACAAUUGGCUGAACUGAUUGCACAAAAUGCAAAUGAAUUGGAAAACGCUGGAUCUAUUUCAUUGAAAGAAAAAGAAGAAGGUUUAAGAGCCUUUGAAAUGGCUAAAAAGAUCAGCGAUGAAGUUAAUUCAAAAGAAGCCAAAAUGGAGAGAAGAGCUGAACAAUUAAUUAAAGAGGCAGUGCGAAUUGAAGUUGAAAGUAAACGAAUCAGACAGGAAUGGAAAAUGCUACAAGAAACUAAGCAUUCAAUCGUUUGUAAUCUUUGUGGUAACGGAUUGACUAGAGUUAAAUUUAAAGCAAGAGAGAUACCAUUGGUUCCAAGUUUAAAUAAUGAUGAAGCCUAUUAUAUUAACCAGGAAGAUGACGAGAUUGAUGAUCGGAUGAUUCUCAUGUGGCAAGUUUCUGCACAACAAGAUGCUGCUUCAUUGGCCGAAGAGACUGAUUUUGUGCGUAGAUUAAAAGGGGAUAGUAGUUGAUUUGGCUGUAAUAAUUACUAAUACAUUUUUAAUAAUACAUAUACAAAAUGUACUUCGGCGAAACAUUUAUUUCAACAAAUUUAUUAUAGCAUUCUGCAAUUGAUUAUUCUCGGUCUUCAUCCUUUUUGAUUU